AUGUACAACGAGACAACACUAACAUUCACAAUGACUGCAUAUGCUGUCAUGGAAAACUACAAGUACUGGAUGUUUAUUCUAUUCCUCCUGAUUUAUCUCACUAUUAUCUUUUUGAACGUACUGCUCAUUACUGUCAUAAGCCAAAACAAAGAGUUGCAUCAGCCCAUGAAUGUGUUCCCUUGUAUAUUAUCCAUCAAUGAAAUAUAUGGCAGCACCGCGUUGUUACCCACAAUAAUGGCUGUGCUCUUAUCUGAGACACAUGAAAUAACCAUAAAGUGGUGCAUCGCUCAAGUCUAUUUCUUGCACACAUAUGCAUGUGCUGAAUUUUGCAUUUUAGCUGCUAUGGGAUACGACAGGUUUGUUGCCAUCUGUAACCCACUGCAUUACCACAGCAUCAUAUCUAAUUCAAAGGCAGGCAAGCUUGCUGUAUUAGCAGGCAUAUACCCAGCUGUUGUGUUUGGAGGUUUCUACUCACUGACCAUACGGCUGAGAUUCUGUGGGAAAGUGCUGCCGAAACUGUACUGUGUGAACAUGGAACUGGUCAAAAACUCCUGUUCGCCUCCACCGUACAUAAGCAUUGUGGGACUUGUACUUAUUAUGUUUACUGUUUUGCCCCAGAUCAUGAUGAUAGUUUUCUCUUAUGCACAAAUUUCAAGAGUGUGUCGGAAGUUGUCGAGACAAUCUCAGCGCAACGCUUUCAAAACAUGCCUCCCACAUUUAUUAUCGUUGACAAACUACACCAUCGCCUCCUUAUUUGAAAUUGUCCAAUCCAGAUUUAACAUGAGUCAUUUAGCUGUUGAGGCACGCAUCUUCCUGUCUUUGUACUUUGUUAUCCUUCCACCCAUUACCAACCCCAUGCUGUAUGGGCUCGGUACUCAAAUGGUCAGAGUUACUCUACUGAAACUGUUUUUUAGGUAUAAGAUGCUGCCGACACUGUUAGCAAAGGCAGUGACUAUAGCUUCUGUAUAG